UGAUGAUGAUAAAGAUGGAGGAUGAGGUAGUUUUUGGGGUUUGAAAUUAAUUAUCGAUUUAACAUCUUUAGUAGAUUGAGGAAAAGAUGGAAGAGAAAUAUCAUCAGUUGUCAAUAUUUCAUCAUCAUCUUCGACUAUGUUAGACGAUGGACGUGUAGAAUUGGUACUCAUUAUUGCUCCCUUAGGCGUAGCUACCAUUUCUACUUUGACAGGCCUAUUUUGUUGCUCAUUUCUCAUUUGUAAAUACCGCCUGAGUUCUUGGUUAUAUUUUACAUUUUUUGCACUUGGAUUAUCUUUCUUUCUUUUAAUUUUUUCAAGAUCAUUUCUAAUUAAAUCGAGAUUAGGUUCACCGGUAUCAAAUGUAGUUAGUCCUUUAUAA